GGGAGUCAAGUCCCAUGUAGGGUGGAAGGUAGUCAACACCCAUUUUUAACAUAAAAGAAUAAUUUAGUCCCCUUCCCCCAAGGACAGUCUGCAAGAAAGGAGCUGCGGAUGAGAGCUCAAGACUGAAAGAGUGGAUCAUGACCCAUGAAGAGCACCAUGCAGCCAAAACCCUGGGGAUCAGCAAAGCCAUCGCCGUGUUAACCUCCGGUGGAGAUGCCCAAGGAAUGAAUGCUGCUGUCAGGGCUGUGGUUCGAGUUGGUAUCUUUAUCAGUGUCCAUGUCUUCUUUGUCCAUGAGGAUUAUGAAGGCCUGGUGGAUGGUGGAGAUAGCAAGAUGAUGUUUCAGCUGGGAGGCACAGUGAUUGGAAGUGCUCGGUGCAAGGACUUUCGUGAGCGAGAGGGAUGACUCCAAGCUGCCCUCAACCUGGUGAAGCGUGGGAUCACCAACCUGUGUGUCAUUGGGGGUGAUGGCAGCCUCACUGGGGCUGACCCCUUCCUUUCUGAGUGGAGUGACUUGUUGAGUGAACUCCAGAAAGCGGGUAAGAUCACAGCUGAGGAAGUUAAGAAUUCCAGGUACCUGAACAUCGUGGGCCUGGUUGGCUCUAUUGACAAUGACUUCUGCGGCACCGAUAUGACCAUUGGCACUGACUCUGCCCUGCACCGGAUCAUAGAGAUUGUAGAUGCCAUCACAACCACUACUCAGAGCCACCAGAGGAUAUUUGUGUUAGAAGUGAUGGGCCGGCACUGUGGAUACCUGGCCCUUGUUACCUCUCUCUCCUGUGGGGCCGACUGGGUUUUUAUUCCUGAAUGUCCACCAGAUGAUGACUGGGAGGAACACCUUUGCCGUCGGCUCACUGAGACAAGGACCCGUGGUUCUCGUCUCAACAUCAUCAUUGUGGCUGAGGGUGCAAUUGAUAGGAAUGAGAAACCAAUCACCUCAGAAGACAUGAAGAAUCUGGUGGUAAAGCGUCUGGGAUAUGACACCCGGGUCACUGUCUUGGGGCAUGUGCAGCGGGGUGGGAUGCUGUCAGCUUUUGACCAAAUCCUGGGCAGCAGGAUGGGUGUGGAAGCAGUGAUGGCACUUUUAGAAGGGACCCCAGACACCCCAGCCUGUGUGGUGAGCCUCUCGGGUAACCAGGCAGUGCGACUGCCCCUCAUGGAGUGUGUCCAAGUGACCAAAGAUGUGACCAAGGCCAUGAGUGAGAAGAAAUUUGAUGAAGCCUUGAAGCUAAGAAGCUGGAGCUUCAUGAACAACUGGGAAGUAUACAAGCUUCUAGCUCAUGUCCAACCCCCAGUGGCUAAGACUGAUUCACGUACAGUGGCUAUGAUGAACGUGGGUACCCCAGCUGCAGGCAUGAAUGCUGCUGUCCGCUCCACUGUGAGGAUUGGUGUCAUCCAGGGCAACCGAAUGCUGGUUGUGCAUGACGGCUUCGAGGGCCUGGCCAAGGGUCAGGUUGAGGAAGCUGGCUGGAGCUAUGUUGGGAGCUGGACUGGGCAAGGUGGUUCUAAACUUGGAACUAAAAGGACUCUACCCAGGAAGAGCUUCGAGCAGAUCAGUGCCAACAUAACUAAGUUUAACAUUCAGGGCCUUGUCAUCAUUGGGGGCUUUGAGGCUUACACAGGGGGCCUAGAACUGAUGGAGGGCAGGAAGCAGUUUGAUGAACUCUGUAUCCCAUUUGUGGUCAUUCCUGCUACGGUCUCCAACAACGUCCCUGCCUCAGACUUCAGCAUUGGGUCUGACACAGCACUCAAUACCAUCUGCACGACCUGUGAUCGCAUCAAGCAGUCAGCAGCAGGCACCAAGCAUCGGGUGUUUAUCAUUGAGACUAUGGGCGGCUACUGUGGUUAUCUAGCCACCAUGGCAGGACUGGCAGCUGGGGCCGAUGCUGCUUACAUUUUUGAAGAGCCCUUCACCAUCCGAGACCUACAGGCGAAUGUUGACCAUCUGGUGCAAAAGAUGAAAACAACUGUGAAAAGGGGCUUGGUAUUAAGGAAUGAGAAGUGCAAUGAGAACUAUACCACUGACUUCAUUUUCAACCUGUACUCUGAGGAGGGUAAGGGCAUCUUCGAUAGCAGGAAGAAUGUGCUUGGCCACAUGCAACAGGGUGGGAGCCCAACUCCAUUUGACAGGAAUUUUGCCACUAAGAUGGGAGCCAAGGCUAUGAACUGGAUGUCCGGGAAAAUCAAAGAGAGUUACCAUAAUGGGCGUAUCUUUGCCAAUAGUCCGGACUCAGCCUGUGUUCUGGGGAUGCGUAAGAGGGCUCUGGUCUUUCAACCAGUGACUGAGCUGAAGGAUCAGACAGAUUUUGAGCACCGCAUCCCCAAGGAACAGUGGUGGCUGAAGCUGAGUCCCAUCCUCAAAAUCCUGGCCAAGUAUGAGAUUGACUUGGACACCUCAGAUCAUGCCCACCUGGAGCACAUCAGUUGAAAGCAGUCUGGGGAUGCUCCCACUUAAACCUCUUGGGAGUGAGAGGAACAGAUUACCUGGUCAAAUCUACAUAUUCUCAGCAUUUUAGCUCAUUUUUCAUUAGGUUUUCUUUCGUUCUGUAACUACAGCCAUGAUGAGUUCUGGCCAGGGAGUUGGGAAAGGGGCCAGUGAGUGGAAGCUCCUUUUAAGUAGAAUUUAUCAUGACUUCUACUCAAGCUUCAUCAGUCACACAAGACUGAGCUCUUCUAGUGCCACUAGUAGAUUUCAGUUACUCGGUUAGAAUAUUCCUGAAAAUAGCUUUAUUUAUUUCUUUAUUUGUGAUAACAGAGUCUUGGUUCCUCUAUUACGUUUACUACAGUGAUAAGCUGUAACUACACUAAUAAAUGCCAACUGGUCACUGUGCACACACAAAAAAAAGAGAGAAUAAUUUAGUAUUAAAUUUUUGUUGCUUUUUCCUUCUUUAUUGCUUUGUACUAUUCCUUUUUUUAGGCUU